AUGUAUGUGAGUCUUUCGCUAUUACUAUUUAACUUUUGUGUGGUGUCGGCCUUCAACAAUUCCUCGAGUUUUGGAUAUCUGAACCACACUAAUGCGACUUACUACAACUACACCAAUACUAUUGCAUCUGAUGAUUUUGUUUACCGUGGAGUGGCUUUGGGCGGCUGGCUUGUCCUAGAGCCGUAUAUCACGCCUUCACUUUUUCUAUCAUUCAAUGAAACGUCUCGAAAUUCCUCCGAUAUUCCGAAGGACGAAUAUCAUUUUUGCAAAGAGCUUGGACAUGAGGAAGCCUCGGCUCGGCUCAAGCAGCAUUGGGACACCUUCUACAACGAACUGGAUUUCGAGGAUAUCAAAAAUUAUGGCCUCAACAUGGUCAGAAUACCUGUUGGGUACUGGUCUUUCCAGGCCCUUGAUGAUGAUCCAUAUGUUCAAGGAGCGCAGGAGUAUCUAGACAAAGCUAUAGAGUGGGCCUCCAACCACGAUCUAAAGGUAUGGAUUGAUCUACAUGGAGCUCCCAAUUCCCAAAAUGGAUUCGAUAACUCUGGCUUGUUUCGUGCCAACGAGCCCGGCUGGCAGGAUAAGACAAAGUAUGUGAAUUUGACAAGGCUGGUGUUGCAAGAGAUUUAUGCCAAAUACGGCAGUGCUGAGUUUAGCGAGAAGUACAACGACACAAUUCUUGGAAUCGAGGUUCUUAACGAGCCGAUGGGCCCAAAACUAUCGAUGCUGAAGCUCAAGGAGUUCUACAAUCAGGCAUACAUUGAUGCCAGAGAGAUUCAAGAUACCAAUAAUACCAUCGUGUUUCAUGACGCUUUCCAGGAAGCAGGCUAUUGGAACCACUUCAGAAACAACAACUCCAACACUUCGUCAAUCACGCGAAAUUACAAUAUCCUUAUAGAUCACCAUCACUACGAAGUCUUUGGUGCCGGGCAGCUCAAUUCCUCUAUCGCAGAGCAUAUUGAAAAUAUCAAAAACUACGCUUCGGGAAUUGAAAAAGAGCUCAAGUACCACCCUGCUGUUGUGGGUGAGUGGUCUGCCGCAUUGACUGACUGUACACCCUGGCUUAACAGUGUGAACUGGGGUACAAGAUGGGAGGGUACCUCGCCUUAUGACAACGACCCUAUACAGCUGAAGGAUGUGGACUGUCUGAACAUCAACAACUAUCAAAAAUGGACGAAAAAGCACAAAAGAGAUACGAGAAAAUUCAUCGAAAUCCAGCUAGACCAAUACGAGGCGAAGGCCAAUGGCUGGAUCUUUUGGUGCUACAAGACAGAAACCACCAUUGAAAUGACCAAAUCUGUUAACGUCGCUAUCAUCGGUGCCGGUGUCGUCGGUUCCGCUUUCAUCAACCAAUUGGCCAACUUGAAGGCUCCUGUUGCGCUUAAUGUUGUCUACUUGGCUAGAUCUUCCAAAGAGGCUAUCUUCUCUAAGGACUACCAAUCUGUCGAUUUGAAGUCCUACAAGACCUCCCCAGCCCAGCCUGUCUUGCCUUUGGACGAAUUGACUUCCUUCUUGGUUGGUGCUAAAAAACCCACCAUCUUGGUUGACAACACUUCCAACACCACCCUCGCCGACUACUACCCCAAGUUUGUCGAGGCAGGUAUUUCCAUCGCUACUCCUAACAAGAAGGCUUUCUCUUCUGAUUUGGCUACCUGGAACGACAUUUUCAACAAGUCUGCUGCUCCUAACGGUGGCUUGGUUUAUCAUGAAGCCACAGUUGGCGCUGGUUUGCCAAUCAUUGGUCCAUUGAGAGACUUGGUCCUCACCGGCGACAAGGUUGAGAAGAUCGAGGGUAUCUUGUCUGGCUCCUUGUCUUAUGUCUUCAACACUCUUUCUACUAGCGAGAAGUCUGACAAGAAGUUCUCUGAUGUCGUCAAGGUUGCCAAGGACUUGGGCUACCUUGAGCCCGAUCCUAGAGAUGACUUGAACGGUAUGGACUUCGCCAGAAAGGUUACCAUCUUGGCCCGUAUUGCUGGCUUUGAGGUUGAGUCGCCAUCUUCAUUUGCUGUUGAUUCUUUGGUUCCUCAGCCUUUGGAGUCCUUGGCCACAGGCGCAGAGUUCUUGGAGAAGUUGCCUGAGUACGACAGCGACUUCCAGAAGCGUAAGGAUGACGCAUUGGCUGAGAACAAGGUCUUGAGAUACGUUGGUCAGGUUGACUUCAAGGCCAACAAGGUUUCUGUUGGAAUUGCCAAGUACGACUUCGACCAUCCUUUCGCUUCCUUGAAGGGCUCUGACAACGUUGUAUCUAUCAAGACUGAAAGAUACCCCAACCCAUUGAUUAUCCAAGGUGCCGGUGCUGGUGCUGAGGUAACUGCUCAUGGUGUCUUGGCAGACGCCAUCAAGAUCGCCGAGAGAAUCGCUAACUAA